AUGGAAGUCGAGGAAGCCCAGUAUCUAGCAGCCAGAAUUCUCACUAAACUCCUCACCGACAACGGCAUCAACCAUGCUUUCCUCGGUGGAUUCGCUCUCAGAACCCUCGAGCACAACCGAAAGACUGAUAAUAUCGACAUCGAGGUCGACGUGCUUGCGGGCGAACAGCCUCGUCAUAACCUCAUCCAGCUCAUCCUAGUCUCGGACUCGCGCUUCUCGGUCGACAGUCUUGGAAGACUGUUUUUCACUCCGUCAGGGGCUCCGGAGCUUCAUGUCUUGGUAGAGACUCUCCCUGUCGGGUCGCUCAAUCUGCCAAAGAAUCUCGCCACCAUUUCUCCUGGCGAAGGUCCAGUCCCUAUUCUACCCCCUGGGAUACUUGUUCUCACGAAGAUCAAACGCCUGAGCAGCAUUAUCGACUCCACACGUCCCAAGUCGGUUCAGAAGGCCGCCCGCGACACUGCCGACGUCAUGUUUCUACUUAAAUGGCUUGCUCGAAAUGAAGAGCAUAUCGACUUUAUGGGCUACGAGGCGGAAAUCCCAGAACGUCUCUACACCGCUACCGCCUUCGUGGCUCAGACUUAG